AUGUCUCUCUGUGAAGUUCCUAACCAAACCCAGAGCAUAAGCGAAGUAAGCCCCCAGAAGGAAAAUUGGAAUAUUAUCGCUAGGGUCAUUCGUUCAUGGUUUGUUCCUGAUUUCACUAAACAGAGGUGUCCUUUUUCCAUGGAGUUCGUUAUUCAAGACAAAGAGGGUUCUAAAAUACAUGCUUCAAUUAGACGUACUCUAAUUUACAAAUUUCAAAAUGACAUUUCUGAAGGCCAUGUUUAUGCUAUACAAAACUUCAGUGUUGCUCCGAAUUCUGGAAUAUACAGAACAACACACCACCCUUAUAAGAUAAAUUUCCAGUUUGGUACAAAAGUUUCUUUGGUUAAUGUUAAUUUGGUUCCUCAUAUUAAACCACAAUACACACCUUUGUCUUUAUUGACAACCUCUGCAUUUGAUACUGAUUAUUUGGUUGAUAUUUUGGGAUUACUGGUCGGAGUGGGGACUGAAAGAGAAUUGCAAGUUGAUGGAAAGACAACAAAAUUAAAUGUCAUAGCAAUAGAAGCCGAUGGGUUUCGAAUAGAGUGUACUUUGUUUGGUAUUUAUGUGGAUGAACUGAAUGUAUUUCUUUCGAGUGGAGAAGUACAAAAUACUGCUGUGAGCAUAGAAUUUGCGAAAGUCAAAACUUUUCAAGAUAAGGUUCAAGUUCAAAAUUGUAAGUUCUGCACCCGUAUUAAGUACAAUGUUAACUUCAAGGAAGCAUCUGAACUUAAAUCAAGAAUGAUUGAGAACAAUGAAUCUCCCUCUCAAGGAUUAACGCAACUUUCUCAGACUUCAAAAAAUACUGUCGAAGAGGACUUUUUAACACUUACACCUAGAACCAACAUUCAAGGUCUAAAAGAUUGUAAAGAGGUCACCACUUUCAUAUUGUUUGGAACAAUUAAGCAUAUCUUGGUUGACGAUGACUGGUGGUAUACUGCUUGUGUGUGCAACAAAGCUGUUUAUCCAGAUUCAAAGAUGUUCUUUUGUGAAAAGUGUAACAAGCAUGUUAUAAAAGUCUUUCCAAGAUAUAGGAUUAAGAUCCGAGUUAUGGACUCUUCCGAUUCAACCACAUUUGUCCUCUUUGAUAGGGAUGCAACUACCCUUUUCAAAAAAACUUGUGCUGAUAUGUUAGACGCUCAUGAUAAGGUAUAG